AUGUCCUUUUUUGGUUUCACUCAACCGACGAACGCACCCGGUGGCGCGUCGCGCUUCGCGGGUUCCGGGUCUUACGCAUCAGUUUACAAGGCGAGAUGCAUGAAGACCAAUACCUUCGUAGCAAUGAAGGCGGUCGAGCUAAACGAAGACGGCGGAUUACCGGCUAACUCAAUGCGUGAGGUGGCGCUCAUGAAAGAGGUUUGCCACCCAAAUGUCCUCGGCCUAUUGGAUUUCAUCCCCACAGCUCAAGACCUACUAAUUUUCUCGGAAUUGUGCGAGUGGAAUCUGCGUGAAUACAUGAAACAGCACGGAGGGCGGCUUACCCAUGAAACUACUCAAUCUUUCAUGUCCCAACUGCUGAGCGGGCUCGAAUAUCUCCACAGCAAGAGCAUCCUUCAUCGCGACCUGAAAUCCCCGAACUUGCUCAUAAAAAAGGAUCUCCAGCUUAAGAUAGCCGACUUUGGACUAUCGAAGAUGUUACAUACUGACGUUAUUGCGCAGGUCGCAACGCUUUGGUAUCGUUCUCCCGAUGUUCUGAUGGGAUCCCGUACGUAUGGCACAUCGAUUGACAUGUGGUCUAGCGGUUGUCUUUUCGUCGAGAUGUUCCUAGGCGAUGCUCCUUUCCGAGGCAAAACCGAGGCGGAGCAGCUCAUGUACAUUGUGCGUGUGAUCGGUACGCCUAACCAGCAGGUCCUGGAUUCGAUUGCUCCCGACUAUUCUCCAGCACUGUCUCUGAUCGACCACCUCAUGCAAUUCGACCCCGCUGCACGGAUCUCUGCAGCGGAUGCUGUGAAGCACCCGUAUUUCUCUGGAUUUGUAUAG